GCUUUAAUUCUCUCUCAGCGGCCAGGAUUGGAGGACGAGCUUUGGAAGUUUGGGUCCUAACGUCAUUAUUUGUCAACAGACGGCGCUCGCCCCCGCAAAUGCCCUGGUGUAGCCCGCGCCGUCGGAGUGGCCCACGUCGUUCGGCUCGAUCACGUUACACCCCCGACUUGUCUCGUACAGCCAGUGAGUAACGGCCCAGUCUACUUCCAGGAGAUGGUUUAUAAGUCGUGUCUUCGUCGGUGAGGAGUUAGUCUGGUUUGGGCACUUGUAGGAUGCACUGUUGCAGGACCACAGUGUUUUAGUAGGCAGCGCUCCCGUGAAGUGGUACUGGCUAUAUCAGUAGUGGUCUAUCAACACGACUAAUACAUAACAUUCCCCCGUUUCUAGAGCUGACCGGACGGCGAGCAGCGCUACGGACUGGGCGUCGGACAGCGGAGCUGCAGUCUCUGUUUGUUGGCAGCUUUUCAAGACGUCAGGACCUUCCUGCCUUCUUGUCGUGGACCGACACGUGUAGAGAGGUUCGUCUGCGUUUAGCGUGAAGCGUGUGGGGACAGAAGACUGCGAGAUGCGCCCGCUGGUAGGGUACAUGUUCUCGGGACUCGUUCUGAUGAACGCCGUGGUUUCCUCGUCGGCGAACUGCCGCCUGGACAUAGGGGAGUACAAGAAGAGGAGAAUACAUGCCGUGAAGGGACAGAUUCUGAGCAAACUGGGGAUGAGCGAUUCUCCCACAGACCCGGGCCCCGCGCAGACACCAGAAGAUGUCAUGGCUGUGUACAAUCAGACCAGAGACUUGCUGGCCGAGCAGAGUCUGCAGAGAGAGGCGCUAUGCACAGACUGGGUCAAAGAUGAGUACUAUGGCCGGACAGUAACACGGUUCCCAGCGGUUCCAAAUUGGCCGCCUAAAGGAGAUAAAGAUCACAUGUACGAAAAUUUGCGACAGGAGAAGCGUUUCUCGCUGUUCUUCAAGUUUGACGUCCAAUCAUUGUAUCAGAAUGUGUCCGACGUCACAGAGGCGGAGCUAAGAAUUUAUCAGGUUCCCAACCCGAUGGCCGAUCUUCCCGAGCAGCGUAUCGAGCUGCACCAGCUACUGCCGCCCAUCAACGGCAAUGGCAGCCCCCGGCAGCGCUACCUGGGCAGCGAUGUGGUGAAGACGCGCGACAAGGGCUGGCUCAGCUUCGUCGUCACUAACACAGUCAGGGAGUGGCUCAUCAACCCAGCCAGUAACCUGGGUCUGGAGCUGACGGUGCACUGCGCGGGGCAGACGUUCGACGCCAACCUGGGGGAGCUGACGUCAGACACGCCGGAGGUCCUGGAGACGCUCAUAGCAGGAACGCCCGAGGCUGAAGCGAUAGAUGACGGCCGGGGAGACACGGCGCAGGUGGACAGUCCGCAGAAGAAGGAGCCCCACCUGCUCGUCUUCACCAAGCGUCCGCCACCAGAGACACACAGCAGAAGAAAAAGGAGUCUGGACAGCAGCUACUGCUUCAAGAAGCCCAAGGAGCCGAACUGCUGUCUGAGGGAGUUGUACAUCGACUUUCAGCGGGACCUGGGCUGGAAGUGGAUCCACGCGCCAAAAGGCUACAACGCCAACUUCUGCGCCGGCAGCUGCCCUUACCUGUGGAGCACAGAUUCACAGCACUCCACCAUUAUCGGGCUGUACAGCACGCUGAACCCGCACGCCUCCGCCUCGCCGUGCUGCGUGCCGUCCGAGCUGGAGCCGCUCACCAUCCUGUACUACCAGGGCAGGAAGCCCAGAAUCGAGCAGCUCUCAAGCAUGGUGGUCACCUCCUGCAAGUGUAGCUAAAACUUCAAAACCUGGGGUGCGCCUAUCAAUGUUCAGCCAAGGUGUGGGGGUUAGAGUGGCCUAGAAAUCACCUGAUUAGGUCUCUGCCGGCUAGGAAUAAUGUUUGGAUAAAUUCCCGACGUUUUGGGUUCUUUGACUUUCAGUGACCAUCGGAACCGCUGCUUUUAACUGUUGUAAAAUUGUUUGGACAAAGUAUUGACGAGACCAUCAUAUUUCUUGCAAUAAGUUUUAUGUGAUAAACCUGACGGUCGACCCCCUCCAUGGCAAUUGGUAUGCUGUAUCCUACUGGUCUGUGACAUAUCAUCCUCAAAUGAUUGACAGGUGCCAAUCAUGAGGUCAUAUCACCACCACCAAACACACUUCCUUUGUGCAUAACAAACUGAGCUGAGUUAGGAGAAAAAUGAUGGAAAGUAUAGAUAUACUGCUACAUUAUGUAGAACAGAGAACAGUACUUAUCCUCUAUACUAGAAAGUUUUC